AUGGGUCAAACGCGCUCUGGUCUCUCGUGCUCCACCACCGCUCCAGGCAAAGCGAAAUGGAAACCAACUGAAACAGCCAAACGACUCCCUAUCCGCAGAUUUACCAGUGAGGAGCGAAGGGGUGACCGGUUUUACAGGAAUCUAAUAAAAACGAAGCAGUUGCCAGAGGUACGGCUGGUAAUCGGAUCUGGAAAUUCGGAAACCCUUCGUUGUCACGGGCAAGGGAAGUUGUUGAGAGGCCAGAUAGAGUCGAAGGUAGUGGACCACACCACCCCGGUCGCCGAAUACCCAUCUGGAAUUCAUUAUGAAAAGAUUCAGGCUCUCGAUGGUGACGCUGUGAACAAGGGAGCGGCCGACUCGUCCUUCGAUGCGACGGGCUUGGAUACACGGGCCAGAGGAUUCGACAGAACCGCCUGCGCAGUUACGCAGCGCAGCGGCCCAGAAACAACGGGAGAGGAGCAUGUCCGGAAUGCCCCGGCUAGGGCCAUGGAAAACAAGCCAUUCGGAUUUGAUAAACAGGGUGGGGUUGCCUCUGAGGUCAGGGCAGUAUCGGGGGCUGUAGCAAGGGAUGGUUCAGUCCAUUGGCGCACAUCUGGCGAGGAGAAUUUAAGAGAGGCUCUGGCAUCACUGACCUUGCGUUUGGACGAACCUCUGACAAGUGGCGUGUCAGAACCGAUAGGGUAUGAUAUACCCCACACAGAGGUAGAAAUGACCAAAUCUAACUUUCUCAGUGCUUCUUGUGACCCCGAAGCUGACAGGAAAAAUGACCAAAACAGUUGUCCCGUUGAGUCGGGGAACCAGGAGGACCCCUCGACCAACUCUCCAAAACAGGUCCAAAGUCCACUAGGUAGCCAAAGUUUCCCCGGUACUAUCCCAAAGCUUAUUAUAACCAGAGAUCCAAGCCCCAGUUGGGCCAAGGAAACACUAGAUCCAAGGACCAUGGGACUCGGAGUCGGUGGAUCAUCGCUGGACCCACACGCCGAUGAUGAAUCUCCCUGCUCGGACAGUGGCUGCGGAGGCUCCCCUGCGCUAAUGCGCUUUCGCCGAAAGCUCUCCAACUCGUCCUCCGCCGGCUGCUUGUCCUCCGCCUCGUCCUUUGAGGAGUCGGAGGAUGACUUCACCGGCAGCGACAUCGAGUCCAGCCUGUCCCCAGUCAUAUGCAACACGCUGGGCAGCCCCGACGAAGGCAUGGGGGUAAGUGUGCCAUACUUUUAUUUUUUACUGUGCGUAAAAUGUGGUGGAGGUCUGCUGACUAGAGUGUUUUUCUUCUGUAUGAAGUUGCAUACAAAAACACACAGUAGUAUUAUGUUAAACUCCUUGGCUAUAAUCGGUCCUAAAUGUUGGCUAGAAGUGCCGUAGAUGGGCUCACACUUAAACACACAUAGGCCUAUUUACUUUCUGUACACAAAUAGUGUUGCAUACUCUCUAUAUAAACUCCCAGUAAUUUAUUGGGUAAAUUCUCUUUAUUUAUUUGUAUAGCUUGCAGUAUAUUCGCCAUUAG